AUGCUUUACCUGAUCGGCUUGGGCCUAGGAGAUGCUAAGGACAUCACAGUCAAGGGCCUGGAAGUUGUAAAGCGUUGCAGUCGAGUGUAUCUGGAGGCCUACACCUCAAUCCUGACUGUAGGGAAGGAAGCCCUGGAAGAGUUUUAUGGAAGAAAAUUGAUCGUUGCUGAUAGAGAAGAAGUGGAACAAAAAGCAGAUAAUAUUUUAGAGGAUGCUGACCUCAGUGAUGUUGCAUUCCUUGUGGUUGGUGAUCCCUUUGGGGCUACAACACACAGUGACCUUGUUCUGCGAGCAGCAAAGCGGGGAAUCCCUUAUCGAGUUAUUCACAAUGCUUCCAUAAUGAAUGCUGUAGGAUGCUGUGGUUUACAGUUGUAUAAGUUUGGGGAGACAGUUUCUAUUGUUUUUUGGACAGACACUUGGAGACCAGAAAGCUUCUUUGACAAAGUGAAGAAGAACAGACAAAACGGCAUGCACACUUUAUGCUUACUAGACAUCAAAGUAAAGGAACAGUCUUUGGAAAAUCUGAUCAAGGGAAGGAAGAUCUAUGAACCUCCUCAGUAUAUGAGCGUGAACCAAGCAGCCCAACAGCUUCUGGAGAUUGUUCAGAAUCAAAGAAUACGAGGAGAAGAACCAGGUCUUUGUUGUAAGAGGGAUCACGGAAGCAUUUGGCUACUGCGCCGUCUUGGCCCUGCCCUGUUAUCGACAAUGGGUUUUGACACGAACAUUAGCUUCAACUUAACGUCACCACCUGCAUUAGCCCAGAACAAGAGAGUCAGCCUGUUCUCUGAAGCUCUUAAGCCAGUUCUUGGGAUGUGAGCCAGCAGCGUGCCAUCUGACCUGCUGAUUUGGAGUUCAUCAACCCCUGCAACCAUGUGAGUCAGGAGAAGCCUCCAGCCUCACGCGUGACCCGCAGAUUUGGGACUUGCUAGCCUUCAUAACUGCGUAAGCCAUUUCCUUGAGAUAAAUCUCUCUCUCUAUGUAGAUAUACUUCACUGGUUUCGCUCCUCUAGAGAACUCAGCCUAAGACAAACUUUGACAAUCUUGUCUUGUACUCAAAUUUUAGAAAUGCUUUGAUGCCGUAAUUUUCACCUAAGGAAUUAAACUCAUGUACGAAAUUGGCCAUCUGUUUAAAAACCAUCAAAAGCAGGUAGGUAAAGUGUUAUAGGGGUGUUUAGAAAAUGUUAAGAAGGGUUUUGGCAAUUUUUCAUUUAUAGUAUUUUGAUGUAAAAGACCCCAUUCUGUUUAUUGAUAAAGCUCACAAACAUUGGGGCAAAAUACCAUUUGGGCAGUAAUGUCACUAAGUUUGCUGCUACUGGAGGAAGCAAUGGGGUUACCUGACAAACUCUUAACAUAAGUUUAAUUCAAAAUAGAAUCUUCAUGGAGACUGAAGGCUAUGCAUGAUAUGUGAUAAAAAAAAAUACAUAAACAAAAUUCAAAUACUAAAAUUCUAAAUAAAGCUUUUUUCCUCCCACUGGUAUAAAAUGGAAGUUCUACAGUGGAAGCAGCAAUGAAAAGAAGAAAAAUAAGGGAAGAAAUCUAGGAAGGCUCUACUAAAAUUUAGUAUUCGGAGGCAAAAAAAAAGGUAUAAACUAUUUUAGAAAAUACUUAAAUUACUUAAUGAAUACAUACAGUGUUGAUUUUCUAACAGUACCUUCAAGAAACACCUCUGAAAGAGCUUUGGAUAAUACAUCUGGAGAAAAAUGAAAGAGGAGACGUGUUAUAUACACAGGUCCUUAAAGGAAUAUGAAUAUGGCAAUUCUCAAUAAAAAUGAAGGAGACAAUGUGGUUUCUGAUUUGGCUGUACAAAAUAUAAAAAAUUCAAGUGGUUCAGGUUCCACAGUCCCAGUUUAGCUAAAUUCUGUCCAACAAUAUGCAAAGUGGAUUGAACAUUUCUGUAUGUAACCACUAUUUAUGUAUAAAAAGAACGAGCAGCUCUCAGGGCUACUUGAAAAUGACCAAAGUGAACAUAAUACUAAGUCACUUAUUUGUGCAAAAAUGCCAAAGAAAUGCUGAGAUGUCUUAUGUAAUAAACAGUAAAUUACUGGUUUUACCUGUCCCUAACUGUCACUUUUGUAUCCAUUACCAUCUACAGUAUUUACUCACUAGUUCACCAAACAUAUAUUGAGCAUGUAAGUGUAAACCUAGUCUAAGUUUGGGGAUAAAAGGAUAUAUGAGACAAAGACAUCUUUCUUAAAAGGUUUCCAUCAUCAUGAUCAAAAUUACAAAUACUAAAUUUUCAAAGCUGUGGGCAGAGUUCAAAGUUGAAUAUAAUUAUGUUUAAACAACAACAACAAAAAUCCCACUGCUGUCAAUUCCAACUUACAGCGACCCUAUAGGACAGGGUAGAACUGCCGAUACGGUUUCCAAGGAGCAGCUGAUGGAUUCAAACUGCGGACCUUGUGGUUAACAGCCAAACGCUUAACCACUGGGUCACCAGGGCUCUUUCAUUUGAAAAGGUGUGUGUAAAACAUUAUGUUGUAUAUCACAUCCUACUUAUCCCACUCCUGCAUCACAAAACUAUUUGUAGUUCUUGGAAAACAGUUCCCUAAUAAAGUAAGUUAAGCUUUCUUGGCCAGAAGUUCAGCUUCUCUACUCAUACUGGCUCAGAGGGCUCUAUCUUUUCAGAGUCUGUCCCUUUAAGAGCUUGCUGUUGAUGGGUGCAGGCCUGUCAAUCCCGACUCAUAGAGACUCCAUGUGACAGAGCAGAACUGCCCCAGGUUUUUUUUUUUUUUUUGGCUGUAACCUUUACAGAAGCAGGAUGGCAGGUCUUACUCACACAGAGACACUGGGUAGGUUUGAACCACCAACCUUUGGGUUAGCAGCUGAGCACUUAACCGCUGCACCACCAGGGUUACUCUGUGUCAAUAAAACAUUUUUUUUUUUUUUAAGUCUUGAAAGUGCUUAAAGAAGCUCUGAUUGGUCUUUUUAGUCUUACAGUUUAAGAUAAGUGGCAAAGGUGGUACCAUAAACCUAAGAGAACAGAGGGAAGGAGUAAGUCUAAUAAUGCAUAGCAACUGUUCCUCCGUAUCAAUUUUGUCACAGAGGCUGUUCACUGACCUUAUAGGCAUCUGUUUAGAUCUUUAAAAAGCUGAACAACAUAAAACAGUGGUUUGGAGAAAAAACACUGGAUUUAGAGCCAAUCCCCUACCAGUGGUAUCCCCCAGGCAAGUCAUUUAAAUUCUCUAGCAACAGCUUCCUCAUCUGUAAAAUGGGGACAAGAUUUCCUUCCUCACAAGGAUGUUAAAAGAAUUAGAUAGGAAAAUAUAUUCGAAAAUGACCUAUCAAAGGGUUGGGAGGGAAAAACACUAAAUAGCCAAUAGAUAAGUGGUAACUUUGGUGAAGGGUAAGACAGUACCCAAUACUGGGGAAGCCAGCACAACUUGACGAAAGCAAGGUCACUGAAGCUCCAUAGACACAUCUGAACUCCCUGAGGGACCAAAUUACUGGGCUGAGGGCUGUGGGGACCAUGGUCUCGGGGAACAUCUAUCUCAAUUGGCAUAACAUAGUUUAUAAAGAAAAUGUUCUACAUUCUACUGUGGUGAGUAGGGCCUGGUGUCUUAAAAACUUGUGAGCAGACAUCUAAGAUACUCCACCGGUUUCACCCCAUCUGGAGCAAGGGAGAAUGAAGCAAACUAAACAUACAGGGGAAACAUUAGUCCAGAGGACUUAUGGACCACAAAUACCACAGCCUCUACCAGACUGAGUCUAGCACAGCAAGAUGGUGCACAGCUACCACGAGUGACUGGUCUGACAGGGAACACAACAGAGGGUCCCGGACAGAGCUGCAGAAAAACAUAGAACAAAAUUCUACCUCAAAAAAAAAAAGACCAGAUUUACUGGCCUGACAAGAGACUGGAGAAACCCUGAGAGUACAGCCCCCAGAUACCCUUCCAGCUCGGUAAGGAAGUGACCCCUGAGGUUCACCCUUCAGGCAAAGAUUAAAAAAAAAACAAAAAACCAAAUCCAGUGCCGUCGAGUCAAUUCUGACUCAUAGCAACUCUAUAGGACAGAGUAGAACUGCCUCAUAGAGCUUCCAAGGAGUGCCUGGCGGAUUCAAACUGCCGACCCUUUGGUUGGCAGCUGUAGCACUUAACCACUACGCCACCAGGGUUUCCAGGCAAAGAUUAGACAGGUCCAUAAAAUGAGACUAAAGAGGCGCACCAGCCUAGGGGCAGGGAUGAGAAGACAGGAGGGGACAGGAAAGCUGGUAAUGGGGAGCCCAAGGUCGAGACAGGGAAAAUGUUGACAUGUUGUGGGGUUGGCAACCAGUGUCACAAAACAGUAUGUGUAUUGUUUUAUGAGAAGCUAAUUGGCUGUGUAAACCUUCAUCUAAAGUACAAAAAUAAAAAAGUACCAAAAAAAUCUGUCGAUCAUAAAAGUAUGCAAGUGUUAAUUAGUGCAAAUUCUUUCUUAAUGGAAAUGUUGUGUUAAAUGUGAUAAUAUUAAAAAAUUAUAAGAAGUGCCUGGCUAAAUGUUUAAUAAGCUUAUUCACCACCCUUUCUGCAAUUAGGAAAUGGUUAAACCAAAGACACCCUCAUCAAAAAAGACAGCCAUUUGGCCUUUAAAUAGAACUAUACACUUAAGCUUCUUUUCUGCAGUUACGUUCUUGGUGCGUAACUUUUCAUUGUAUUUGAGUCUGUCUUGAUACUGUGGUAAAGAAAUGGAUCAAUAGUUUUGGACGGACCAUGACUUGCAACAAUCUUCUUAUACUGAUAAAACUUUUAAUGAAUGUUUUCGAAGAAUAAAAUAAUGCCUUUUAACAAAGUUCUAGAGUUGGAAAAUAAUUUGACCUGGGCGACAAAAAGAAAAUAGAAAAAAUUAAUUUUCCUAAGGUAAGGCUUUCAUGAAGAGUUAAAAGUAGCAGUUUAGUAUUUGGGAUUCUAAUAGACUUCAAAAUUAUAACCUAUUGAAUUAAAAGAUCUGUUUUGUUCUAUACAAAUUUAAUGCCCAACUCUGCACGGCUCUGAGAACAACUUAAAAAUGAAAAAGCUCUUUAGUGACUGAAAACUAUAGUAGCAAGACUAAAAUGAUAUGAUUUGUGAAUUAGCCUAGCUCCUAAAAGGUACCAGGUUACAGAAUAUAAACAAAAUAAACUAAGUGAUCCUUAUAUUAGAUUUAGCAUUGGACAAUUUAACAGAAAAAUUAAAAAAGGAUCCUGUACAAACGUCAUUUUUUUGUUUUUUAAAUCAGGAACUGAUUUCACAAAAGUUAAAAAAAAAAAAAUUAUAGUACUGUCCAUUAAGAAUAUUAUGGAAGUAACACUCUAAACCUUAUAAUUACACAUGAAAAAUCCAAGUGCCUUAAUGUACCAAAAAUGGAGGUCAGGUGCCCUUUAUUUACUAACGGGCUUUUAUCACAUUUACAGAAGGAGAAAUAUGCUGGAGAGGCACCGCGAUAAAGUAGAAAGAGCUCUAGCCUUGGAGUCAGAAGACCUGGAUUAUACUGUCUUGUCUUGGCCGCUAAUUGUCACCUUGAGUAAAUGACUUUUUGGGGCUUCAAUUUUUUUCAUCUGUAAAAUAGAGGUAGAGCUAGACUGCUUUUAAGGACAGUCCCCCAUUAGAUGGAAAAUUCUACAUUAAGCAAUUUAAAUACUGUUGUUCUUAAAUCCCAGAGUUAUAGAACAGGAUGCUACCGUAUUAGUCAUCUCUAUAAAAACUGAUUUAUUAUUCCAUAGUAGGCAAAAUCAUUAGCUAGAACUCUGAUCAACUGCUUUUUGUGUCAAUGAUUUGGCUGUUUUACAAAGGUAGAUUUCUAUCAGCACGAAAGUCACAGUAUUUUGGCUACUGGUACAUACAGGCUUUGAAGAAUGCUGAACCGCUCUGGAUACAAGGGAAAUCACAAUGACAGUAACGUCUGUUACCACUUCCUUACACUUGUGCUGCAGAAGACAGCGUAGGGAUGACAGCAUGAGGAACGCAGAGCUACAGAUAAACUGGAUACAGGUAGUCCCCAACUUACGACAGGGUUUCGCUCCGACGGCUCCAUUGUAAGUCGGUUCUAAGUCAAAUGCCUCAUUUUUUAAGCUUUCAUUCUUAUUGCCUUUUAUUAUCAGUAUCUUUAUAAAUCUGAUCUUUGAACAUUUGCGAGAGAAUAUCUGAGAAGGAUAACACCAGCAAAUUAUGUGCUGCAAUACUGUAGUACAUAUUACUAACGAGAAGAUGUACAAAAACAAAACAGUUUAUUGUAACUUGAAUACGCCAUUAAGUCGAGGACUACCUGUACAGCCCUUCACAAAGAUGCCCUUGGAGUUACCAAAAAUAAGAAGUUGUGCACGUUAAGCCCUUCACCUUGAUUAAUAUAAUCUAGGUUUAAAAAGCAAAAUUAAUGUAGGUAUAAUAUUUCUGUUUGGGGAAGCUUACCUGGCAAGGUAAACUUUCCCUGAGCAAUAUAAAUUUGUUCUGGAGAUAAUAUUUUGGUUUUUAAAAUAUUAGUAAAAUUAAACUCAAAUAUAUGAUUGGGGGAGGCAGUCAAGAGUUAGCUCAACGAUAAGAACAUUCCAAAUUUAUUUUAUAAUGAUAGGUAGUACCUGAUUUCAUAACAAACUGGUGCCAAGACCACGGAUCCUAUGAGUGAGAAAAGAGUUGCUUUUUCUCACACUGAUUUUUUACUGCUGGCACAUACUGUCAGUGAUAGGAUAAUGUAAUGCUAGCUUGCUGAGUGUGAGCUGGCAAUCUCUUGUAACGAAUGCACGGUUAGAGUUUCAAACCUGUCUAAUACUCUACAUACCUUAUCAAAGAAAAAGAAACAUACUCAUGCAUUUGUGUUCUGAGAGUACAGUUAAAUGAAGCGAUACAUAUUUUGACAAACACUUCACGUAGAAUGGAGGGCUAGGGCUCAGUGAAAGGCAGAAUCAGAUCUUUAAAACUCACUGAUAAAUGGGACAGGCCAGUGCAAGCACUAGCUCCCUAUGUGACAUAGGACAAUUACACAAAAUUCAUUUUUAAAGGCACACAUCCAAAAUCCCUGCCUUCCUGCCUUCAUCUCGGCCUGUCAUUUUCUGUACUAUGCCAAAAGCCACACAAUACCCCAGGGUCCUGUAAGGCGUGUAGGGGUUGCAACCUUUCAUUACACUUGUAGUGAAAAAGCAGUACCAGUAUCAGAACAUUGCCUUUUGUUCUUUCCUUCCCAAAAGAUCUUAACAAUUGUUUAAACACAUUCUACUGCAGGAAUUCUUAGCUUUAGAAUUAGCUGGCAAUAAGCAAAAAAGUUCUGAAAAUACGCCUUAAUCUGCAAAAAGGAGACUACUGGCAGCUCGAGGCAAUCUGCAGCAGUUUAGAAAAGCAGGAAGACAGUGGUCCAGUUUUCCUAACUCAGAGUAGUUCAUAACUCACAGGUCAGAAUCAACAGUAUUUCUGCCAAAUCAGUGCAAAAGUGCUUAAUAUUAAUCUACAGUCUUCACAAUCAUUUUCAUCCUGCAGGCUCCUCCCCCCAAAAUUUCAGUUUUUAAAGUUAAAAGGGAAUAUACAUUGUGAUAAAGUAUGAGAAAAAUGUUUAUCCAGAUCGAUGUCUUCAUAAAAUAUGGAAUCUUGAAGUAGCGUGUUCAAGAAGCACUUGUCACCUCAAAUUGCAAUUUUAUUUCUCAAAUACACAAGAACCUAGAAAACCAGCUACAUCUACGUCACCACAUUCGCUCCAUACUGGCAAUAGUUCAAACUCAAUAAAAUGCUUCUUCGGGAUUCCUGGAAGCUAUUUGUGCAAAACUUGCACAGAAAACUUGGCAUUUGAAGAAUGAAAAAGCAAAGUAACAUUGGCACAACCAUUUUUGCCUUCAGUCGACCUAGCCUUUUCCGUUCAAAAAUAAAAUCCAUAAAACCAGAAAGGAAAGGCAUAGGAAACUAUCACAGAUACACAGGCUUUUAUAGAAAUCUGGAAUUUAACACGUUUGUCAAAACAACCUUUUGUCUAACAGAUGCAUUUGCAAGGUUCUGAAAACAGUCGACAAAGUAAUGUGAUAACUGAAUUUGUUAUAAAAAAGCAAAAUAACACCUUUUAUUUUUUGAUAAGAUAAAAUAAUAAAAGGCAAGUUUUCAUACAUCUGAACCUAUGCUGGAUGUACACACACAGAAAUCUGUGUACAUCACUAGCAAGAGUCUUAUUUUGUACAGGUUACAGAGUACCCAUUUUAAAAAAAGACAGAGGCAUGACCUUGGAUGGUAUAUUUCUAUGCUGGCAAAUACAUUUUCUGAUGCAAAGGCACUUUGAAAACCCAAUAUGGUUUGGUUCAUUAGUUUGCAAAGUACAAACAAUUUUACGAACAUAUGAUUACACUGAAAAAACGUCAACAAUUGUGACUUUACAUAUAAAACACAUUUCUACUUUUUUUUUUUUUUU